CCCCAGCCCCAACAUCACUUCUUUCCCUCCAUCCAACGGUUACCAAAUCGCCACGUAUUUCCAACUCGACAUCCUAACCGUCCAUGCCAGAUCACACGGUCAGCCUCACGGGCUGCAGAUGAAGAAAUCAAAUUAAUUUAACGGCUAAGAUCUUGCCCGAUCUUUCACCGGGCAGAUCUCAUCGCCUUUAAGAAGCGACCCUCGCCUCCCUAUCUUCCUCGCUCUUACCAGUGAAAUCUCCAAACCCUAACCCUUAGCGUGUACCUCUCAAAUCGUUUUUAUUUUUUUUCCUCAUUUUUUGAUUUCGUGGGUCAAUAUUUCAGUGGCGCGUGGUUUAAAAGAGGUUGCGCGUGGGACUACGCUCUGUCCGAUUCAUGAUUUCUUGUUCAUCUGAAUUGCGAAGCCCUCGCCGGAGAACGGCCGGAUUUCUACCGGACUAUUCAUGGCAUCCGCAGUCUUAGCGAAUCGUAACGAACCGAAUUGGACUCAGCCACAGCCUAGAGGCGGUGCUAAAUUCAUGGGCAAAGUCCCUUUCUCUAACCCUACCCCCAAAUUGUCCAAAAAACGACAAUUUCAAGCGGCUCUGCCUGUCGUCAACUUCGAUGGGCCACCAGCCUUAAUGCAACCAGCUGCAUCGGACGACGCGUCCUCGAUAAACAGGAGGCCGGCGAGCGAUUUCAACAGCGGUGGUUAUGUGACGUUUAAUAUAGCGUCGUGUUCGAAGAAGGAACUGGUGGAGCUGAAGAAUCGAUUGGUUGCAGAGCUGGAACAGAUCCGGCAGUUGAAGAAUCGAAUCGAUUCCUCUGAGUUCCAGGUCAGAUCUAGCUCCAAUUUCCACAAGAAGAAACCAAUCGCAACAAGCAACAGCAACAAGAAAAUAUUGGGGAACAAGCGGCCGUUUCCAGCAACAAAUUUUGGAUUUGGGGCCAAAGAUAUGAAGCGAUCGGUUCAUCCGGAGCAUGGUCAAUUGAUGAAGAAAUGUGCCCAGAUUUUGACGAAAUUGAUGAAGCACAAGCAUGCAUAUGUAUUUAAUGUGCCGGUGGACGUUGAGGGUAUGAAACUUCAUGAUUAUUAUGAUAUAAUCAAGAAUCCUAUGGAUUUGGGUACCGUCAAAUCUAAAUUGGGGAAGAAUCUGUACGAUUUGCCCACGGAUUUUGCUGUUGAUGUGAGAUUGACCUUCAACAAUGCCAUGAAGUACAAUCCUAAAGGGCACGAUGUGUAUAAUCUUGCCGAGCAGUUUCUCUCCAGGUUUGAGGAAUGGUACCGACCCAUUAGAGAUAAAGUUGUUGAGGAUGAUCAGGAUCAGGUGCAUGAGCAUGAGCAUGAGCAUGAGCAUGAGCAUGAGCAUGAUCAGGUUCAAGAAGUGCAAGCUAGUUCUUGGGAUCACGUACCUAAUCGAGGUGACAUUGAUAGGGUAAAGAAAGAUCAGGAAAAUAUAAUGCAAAUUAUGCCUAAAUCUGACCCAAUUGGGAAAUCAUUGCAACCAAGUGGGUCUAAUCCUCAUUCUACAUCACAGUUGCCUGUGCGGACUCCUUCCCCAAUGCGAGCUCCUCCAGUUAAGCCUGUUAAGCUACCAAAACCCAAGGCCAAAGAUCCUAACAAGAGGGAGAUGUCUCUUGAGGAGAAGCACAAAUUGGGAAUUGGGUUGCAGAGUUUGCCUCAAGAGAAGAUGGAGCAAGUGGUGCAGAUAAUAAGGAAGAGAAAUGGGCAUUUGAGGCAGGAGGGAGAUGAGAUUGAGCUAGAUAUUGAAGCGGUUGACACAGAGACGCUAUGGGAGCUUGAUCGGUUUGUGACUAAUUAUAAAAAGAUGGUUAGUAAGAUAAAACGUCAAGCAUUAAUGGGUAUCAACAAUAUGGCUACUGCUGCUAGCGAAGGCAAUAAGGAGGUACUUGGAAAUGAGAGGAUGGAUGUUGGAGCUGAGGCAAAGAAGCCAAAGAAAGGGGAUGCUGGUGAUGAGGAUGUGGACAUUGGUGAUGAGAUGCCAAUGAGCAAUUUUCCUCCUGUGGAGAUAGAGAAGGACAAUGGGCAUGCGAGUAGCAGUUCUAGCAGCUCUAGUAGUUCGAGUGAUGAAUCUUCCUCAUCCAGCGAUUCAGAUUCAGGAAGCUCUUCAGGGAGUGAUUCUGAGGAUGCACAUUCGUAGGACAUUGAGAUAGAAGGAUGUGGGAUUUUGCUUUGGAGCAUUGCAGAGUAGGUUCUUGGAUUGUCGUUAGACAUGGAAAUGGAAGAGGUACUGCAUUUUGUUGUUGAUUUAGGAAAAACCAUAUCUUGAAUUUUGGCAAAAUAGCCUGAUGAGGCUUGGAAAAAUGUUUUGUACAGGGGAGGGUUCUCGAUUGUGGUGUUGUUUGUUGGUUGCAGUUUGGAAGAAUUGAUGGAAAAUGGGUGAUAGGGGGUUUUACAAUGGCUGGAGGCUGCCUGCAACUUGGAAGUAUUUUCUUUUUGUGUAAAAAGACUGAUCAAAUUUGUAGGUUAGAGGUAGGAAAUGCAGUAAAAAGUUUAGGAGAACGGUAGGGCUUUAGAGGAAGAGGUAAGGUAGAGAUGAAUUACUCUGUACACAUUACAACUCUUAAUACAAGCUUUUUAGCUUCACUCA